GGCGGCGGGUGCGGGCAGGCGGCGGGGCUUGGUCUUCUGCGGAGGUGGCUCGGGUGGGCCGGGGCUCACCUGCCGGACCCCCUGCCGCGGUGCGGCUUAGGCCGGGCCCAGCCAGCCGCCUUGGGGAAUGGCAUCACCGUGGGCUCCUCCCUGGCCGUGGGGCACGUUGCUGGGCCGUGGUGGUGAGGAGGGGACGGCCUCCUACGCGCUGCCUCGCCGAAGAUUGGUUGGAAACCCUUUGAGGCCUUGUCCCACAGCCUGUGUGCACGGCUGGCGCCACUGCUUGCUUCCCCUCAUGCCACCGGCCAGUUAACUUGGGCUCCUGAGCUGUGGGAGGUGGGCUCAUGGUGUGAAAGAGUUGGUGUUUUCCACCAGCAUUCUUUGUGGGAGCACAACAGGUGCGAGAAUGCCUCUCCUUUCACACGAGCAGCAGCAACUGGGGGUUACGGGUCUUUUCAUUCAGUCGUUAUUUUGAACAAGGUCAAAGCGGGGACUCUGCUUUUGGGCACAGAUUGAUUUUACAAUGGAGCAAGUUCAGGUUGUUUGUCAAGACCCUCAAGAGUCUAUGGGAGGAAGGAGGUUGAAGGAAAAGUAAAACAGCAGCAAGAUUCCACGGGGCAGUCCUCACAGGUCUAGAGAGAUUUGUCUCCUUGUCAGCAGGAGGGGAGGUCUGUUAAAGCUUGACACUGAAGCAUCUGGUAUCACAGGUGCUCACCAGCUGCCUUUGUUGUGUCUUUCUGGGACUAAAGCUAAAAACCUACUUGUGAUGCGUCAUGCACCAAAUCACAGGUCUCUGGGAUCUGGAGCUGUCUGGAUGCAGCUAGGUGGGAAUCACCAGGGAUCUUGUGCUUAAGCAAAUUCACCAGUCAAGUGGGGACUGGGCGAGUGGAGUGAUGUCAUUUUACUUUUCAGGAAUUGUACCAGAAAAGCUUCAUUUAUUAAAAAAUAGCUUAUCAAACUGCCUGGUGCAUAUGCUAAAGUGUGUUGGAUCUUAGCAGGAGUUGUGAAAACGUUGCAUUUAUUUUGCUGAAUGCUUUAUUGCCAGCUGCAAAGCACAGUUACCUCUAGCACUGCACAUUCCAGUAAACAUCUCUUAUCCAUCCUAUAAAAUUAAAUCAGGCUAAAUUAUUAUGCUUCAUUGAACUGUGCAGGGGAAUGUGUGCAGCAAUACCUGUUUUGAGUGCUUGGCUAGAUCUUUUUUUUUCCCUAACUUCACAGUUAACCUUCAGCGCUGAUGGAUGUUGAUGCUCACGUUAGGAGAAGGCAGUAUCUAAGUGUACAGCUGCUGGGUGGACGAGGUGCUCUGGAGGUCUGUGUUGACUGUGGAGCUGGGGAAGCUUGCAAGCAGGAGUCAUGGUGAAGAUGGGCAGAGGCAGAGUUAGUGCUUCAGUACAUUAGGCUGAUGAAUAAGGCAGCUGAGACCUCCAGAAAUACCCAACAGGGCAUCAUUUCUCUUACGGUCAUGUGGAGGCUGGGUAUUGACGUCUCCAUCAUCCUCGGUUGCUCGGCUUAGGAUAAGUAUUCUGCUGUAGUCAGGCAGUGACUGGCAGCUGGGCCUGAGCCGGCUUUCGUUGUGAACCAGCUGACUCCCAACGUGAGCUGUUGCACUGUGGAGCCUAAUGGAGGACCCUUAUCGUGGCGUCUUGGUCGUGCACUGGUGGUUCUUGGUGCUGAGAUGUGAUGCUCAGAGAUUAUGCUGUAGAUUAAGGUUUUACUGAAUCCUGAAAUGAGUGCAAAUUCCCAGAAGCUCUAACAUGCAGCCAGAUCUCUUCUGGUCACUCGGCUUGAUGGUAGAAGAGGCAUUUCCCACUCCGUUCUCCCCAUGUGCAGGAAAGACAGCCCAAAUAUUCACCCCAGCUCAUCUGCUGAGAGCCUCCAGGUCAGCCUGCUCAGCCAUGAACACGUCCUCACCCAGCAGCCAGCUGAGACAGCCUGAGCCCCAGGAUGCAGCUGCCUUCACCCCCAUCUCCAUUGUCAGGAGCGUGACGAAGAAAUCGGACGCCCUGCCCAUGAUCUCAGUGAUCGUCGUCAUCUUCGUCCUCUUGGCUGUCUUCAUCAUCAUUGCGGUGCACUAUGGCCCUCACCUCCGCACCGUCCAGAUCACCCUCUACCACGAGCCCAUGCCGCAGGACCUGGACAACGGGGUACACCUCAUGGACUGGAAGAAGCUGGGCUCCCAGAAGAAGCUGCCUGCCCAGCCCUGCCAGCAGGAGCUGGCCAGCGUGGAUGUGGCCGGUGUGAGCUGCCAGUGCUCCUGCAAGCAUCACCUUCCCUGCAGGAGCUCUGAGCCCAAUGUCAUCGAGGUCACAUACCUGUGACAAGGCUGUGGUCCACCUGGGCAGGACUCAAGGGACCAUGUCCCGCUGGAAAAAUAGUGACUGGGAUGUUAGCUUAGCCUAAGACUCACCAGUUCCUGCAUGCGGAGGUUGUGGCUCCCCAGGAUUAUGCCUCUCACCAGGUAUGCUCAGCCAGGAGGUUGAGUGUCACUGUGGUGACCCAUCAUCAACCCCCAAAAGUCCAGCUGGGGGGUGUGCCACUGUCCCCAGGCAAGGGCUGGGUCCCCAGCCCAGGUGCUGGGGCUGGGCCAGCCUACGUGGGACAGCAUUAGCAUCUCUUCUGUUUUUUCUCGCCCUGGUUUUACCUGUCCCAUGUUGUCUGGGAGCAGCCAGGAGAGCUGUCUUGGUCCUUGCCCCAGCUGGGGGGCUCUGUGCCUGUGCUCACCCUUGGCAGGAGCUGGAAAUUACAGCUGGACUUGCUUUUCAGGUCAAAGAUGUUUCCACAUGCACAGUGUCCUCAUUAUGCUGUUUACAUGGCACAGAAAAGCCUCCAGCCGCUCUUUUCCUCCAUGCCACUACCCCUUUUCCUCCGUCAGAGGGCUGAAACGCUGUCCUCCCUCCUGCCAGCCCUGGCAGCAGGCUCAGCCCGUCCCAGCAAACAGCCAGAGGAGAGGAGGCAGCACCUGGACCCAUGCUGGUGUUCCAGUGGUGGAGCCAGCAGCAGAGGAUAACGUGUCCGAUCCCCCAGUGGAGGUGGGCGAGAGAAGAGAGGCAACACGGUGGUCAAGAGUGGUGAUAACGGCACAUCAGUUUGUAUGUUGGCUGAACAUCUCGAGGUGUUGGCACUGGUGGAGAUGGGCAUGGAUCUCUGGGCAGAGCCUGCAGCACCUCUGUGCACAAUAGUGGGGAUGGGGAGACCUGAGGUCAUUUUCACUGUGGCCAUCUUCAUUGUCCCCGUUGCUGGCUACCGUUCCUGUGCCAAGGGAGGCUCUGCUCGGGGACCCGGGGACUCAGGAGGUUUCAGCAUUGGAAGCAGCAGGGCAUGUCCCAGCUGGGGAGGGAGCGAUGGUGGGGUUAGUGUAGCCAGCUGUGGUGGGAUGGGUAUUGAUAUGGCUCGGUCACCCUGGGAAGAAACUCGUUGAGAUGGCACAGAGGGAGCAGAGGGAGAGGUGAAAUGUCCUGAGCCCCAUAAGGCUCCUGGUGGCAGCAGACUGUGGUGACCUGUUCAGCCCUGGGAGUCUUUGUGCUGCUGGAGGAGUGCCUCCAGCAUCUCUUUGGGCAAGAAAUUGGUCUCUGUUUCUCCUCACUUGGCCCUUCUUCAGUGUGUGGGCUCGGAGGACUGUCCCUGGGGAGCGAGCGCAGCCUCUGGGAUCACCCUCAGGGAUUUAUUCUGCUGAAGAGUUCCAGAAGUCAAAAUACGUCUCCUGCCUCUCCCCACCCUGGGACAGAACGGCCAGGUCCGUGUCCGUCCUGAGCCGCAUCCCCAGCACGGGUCCCUCUGUGCGCUGACAGACAAGAAACGGGUUCUUUUACCUGUUCCUCCAGGUGCUGGAGGUAUUUCAGACAGGGCAGAUGCUCCAGCAUCCUUCCUCUCACUUAUCUCCAGCUUCUUUUUCUCACUUACUUUAAAGAUAUGUAGUGGUUGGACUUGCUGGAAAAUUUUGGUCUUUACAGUAAACA